AGAAACAAACCGAAACUGAAACGCAAAAAAGCAAAGCAAACCAAAAGAAAACUGUGUUGAGACAGAAAACAAAACAGCAACUGAGUUCAGAAGAGAGAAUUCAUAUUCAUAUCAACUUGUAGUAUAUAUAUAUAUUUUCUCUCUGUGGAUUAUUAGGUACUUGUUUGAAUCUUGAUCGUCACACAUAACCACCACAACUACAAUGGCGACUGAAACCGCUGCUGCCAAAGACGCUUCGUCUUCUUCGAGUUCGGCGGCGGCGGCGGCGGAAUCGUACAUAGGAAGCUUCAUAAGCCUGAUUUCCAAGUCCGAUAUUCGCUACGAAGGACUCCUCUCCUUCCUCAACGUCAACGAUUCCACCAUUGGCCUCAACAACGUUAGGUCUUUUGGAACAGAGGGGCGAAGGAAAGACAGCCCGCAAAUUCCACCAGGUGAUAAGGUGUAUGAAUACAUUCUUUUCCGAGCAAGUGACAUUAAAGACUUGCAAGUUAAAGCCUCCCCACCUGUCCAAACAGAAGAGCAGAUUCACAAUGAUCCUGCUAUCAUCCAGUCGCACUAUGCUGGGGUGCAUUUGAAUUCUCCACCUUUUGCUUCUGUUGGUGGUAAAACCUUGACAGAAUCAACUCGAUGGCAAGAUACCCCUGCUUUGACGAGCAGAACCUAUACUGGAGUUCUGCCUUCAUAUCAAUCUGUAUCCCAACCUGCUACACAACUUGUUGGUUCUCCAUCUUCUUCUAUGCCAAUGUAUUGGCAAGGGUACAAUGGAACAUCGGGUGGUAUAUCUCAUGCUUCACAGCAACCUAUUCCUUUUCAACCCCCAUCAACUGGAUCAUUUCCCUUGACAAUGCAGGGUCAGUGGCAGACUCCUGAAAUUCAGACACCUACAACCCUGAGCUUGCCGAAUACAUCAGAAUUUGGUAGCCCUGUAUCUUCAUAUAUUGCUUCUGCUUCUGUACAUCCAAAAUACUUACCCUCUACUAGUCCAGUACAGUCUUCUACUUCUCUUGAUAUUCCGUCCUUCUUGUCCACAAAAUCAUCCUUACCACAUUCUGAAUCUUUAACUGCUAACAGAUCAACUGUGUCUUCAUUUCCUUUGUCUCGUGAAGACUUAAACACCAGUGAAAACCAAAUUGUUGGUAAAGCUGUGUCUGACUCACAAUUGGUUCUCCCUGUCCAGUCCAUGUCUUAUCCAUCUUCAUUUGCGGAUUCUUCAGGCCCCUUGCUAACACCUCCUCCACCAUUGUUAACUCCAGAUCAGUUAGCACAGUCUAGACCACAUGCGCUUUCUUCCAUGCAGAAACUCUACCCUGUUCAGACUGAUAUGAGUGCUCCAAUUCCGACAUCAUCUUAUUCUUCAUCAUCAUUUUCUAUUCCAGUAUCUCAAGCACCUCUUUUGCCAUUGCCAACUUCUACAAGACAGCCUCAGUAUUUGGCUACACAAUUCACAGAAGAGUUCGAUUUUACAGCCAUGAAUGAAAAGUUUAAAAAAGAUGAAGUAUGGGGUUAUCUUGGAAAGGGUAAGGAUAAAACAGGGGGAGUUCAGGGCUUUACAACUGGUCAAAGCUUGGGGGACAGAGAAGGUCAUGGCUUAAUACCUAAUCCCAAGCCUGCAUAUGAUAAGGAUGAGUUCUUUGACACAAUUUCUUGUAAUUCGCUUGCCCGUGGUGCAAGGAAUGGACAGAACAGGUUCUCUGAGCGAAUCAAGCAGGAUACUGAGACAUUUGGCAAUAUCCAACAGAGACCUAAUCUAGGUUAUGGUGGUUAUGCUGCUGGACAUGGUGACAAUUACCGGAGCUCAUAUAACUGGGGAAGGGGACAUGGUUAUGGUGGAAGGAGGCACGGUGAUAACAUGCCUUUCUAAUGGUAUCUGGACCUCAAUUUUAUUCAAAGGUCCAUGGUUGCUUCUAUCCAACAUGGUUCUGUCUGUCAGUCAGUCCCUUUUCUUUUAUAAACCUCAUUGCUGUCCAUUGGCUUUAUAAGCAAUGAAUCUCAAGGUAAAUGAUGUGAGCAUCUUAUAUUGGGGUUUUCAUUUUGAGAGACUUGGUAGGAACUAUCAGUAUUAGCAAUUAUUGCUGGUUCAUGUUAUUUUUAUGCCCAUGAGCUGGCCUCUCACAUUUUUCUUUUUUAAUCAAUGUUAUCAAUGAACAAAUUGGUCAUGGAGGAAAUCACACGCUGAAAUAGUUAUACUAACCCUAACCCUUUGUUUUCCUCUA